CAAAAAAAGUGAAGCAGAAGGUUUUUACACACACUCUGUUCUGCCCCCAACUCUGCUAUUUCUCUCUCGCUCUUUCUGUACACCAACGCACCAAGCAUUUCAAUCUCAGAGAAGCUAAAUUAUAAUUUACAUCGUACAUAUCUGUCGAGAGACAGUCUCAUUUUCUUGCUUCAAUUGAAAAAAAAAAUCAGCAUAAACAAUUGCAGAAACAGGAAGCCGACAUGGGUAUUCUGUAUGACGACGUAGUGAUCGUCAGCCCACCACAGAAAGAAGGAGACCCGACUGUGAUUACUGUCAAUUGCCCUGACAAAACUGGGCUAGGUUGUGAUUUGUGCCGCAUCAUACUCGUUUUUGGUCUUAGCAUCGUCAGAGGAGAUGUAUCUACGGAUGGGAAAUGGUGCUACAUAAAGUUCUGGGUUGUGGGAAAACCUACAACUAGAUGGUCUCUGUUGAAGAAGAGAUUGUCUGGGGCAUGCCCGUCUUGCUCCUCCACGUCUGGGAUUUUCUAUUACCGCGCUGAAUUGCAGCCACCAAAGCCUCCUGAUGUCUUCCUCUUGACUUUGUGUUGUUACGAUCGAAGAGGCCUGUUACACGAUGUCACUGUGGCUCUAUGCGAGCUUGAGCUUACGAUUGGGAAAGUGAAGGUUUCCACUACACCAGAUGGAAGAGUGAUGGACUUAUUCUUUGUGACAGACAACAGGGAACUUCCAGAUAAGGAGAAGAGAAGGAAAGAUACUUGUGACCACUUAAAAGCAGUCAUGAAAGAUGCGAUGAUAAGCUGUGAGAUAGAAGAGGUUGGUCCUGAAAUUACAGCAUGUUCACAGGCAUCUUCAUUUCUUCCCUCUGCAAUUACAGAAGAUGUCUUCAACUUCAGAAUGCCUGAUGAAGUCCCUAGCAGAUUGCUUACAUCUGAUAAUGUUUCAAUCACAAUGGACAACUCAUUGAGUCCAGGUCACAUGCUUGUCCAAAUAAUUUGCCAAGAUCACAAAGGUCUUCUUUAUGACAUAAUGAGAACUGUAAAGGAUUUCAACAUUCAGAUUUCUUAUGGACGCUUCUCUAUAAAACAAAGAAGCAGCUGUGAGAUUGACUUGUUCCUCAUGCACGCGGAUGGAAAGAAGAUUGUUGACCCUAGUAAGCAGAAGGCACUAUCCUCUCGUUUGGAGAUGGAACUAAUCCGUCCUCUCAGAGUGGCUGUCGUGAGCCGUGGUCCCGAUGUGGAGUUGCUGGUUGCAAACCCAGUGGAGUUGUCUGGCAAGGGCCGACCUCUUGUUUUCCAUGACAUCACUCUUGCUCUUAAGAUGCUUGACGUCUGCAUUUUCUCGGCUGAGAUCGGGAGAUGCAUUAUUGGAGAUUGGGAAAUGGAAGUUUACAGGAUCCUAAUUGAUGAAGGGGAAGGCUUGCCUGUUCCCAGAAGCAAAAUUGAGGAAGGAGUUUGGAAAAUGCUAAUGGGUUGGGAGUGGUAAAACUUUGCUGAUUUACAACUUGUCUUCGUAAUGUGCUCCUCUACAUUACAGUGAUGCUCUACCUGCAUUAUCUUUAUUAGAUGUAAAUAUGGGGUCAUCUGUCCUUGGAAACGCUGAGUUGUUCUUGGUCAAAGUUUAUGCAUGAAACUCUUGUGCAAAUAUCAGCGGAUCACAUCAGGGACUCCUAGGUAGAAAUAUCUAGCACACAGUGUUGUAGUUCAAAAUUGUCAUUUUCCACGUGGUGUGUUUCUUGAAGUCUCUUUCAAAACAAGAGAAUAUAUUUGUUUUCUUCCUUGUGAUUGAACCAUGCAGGACCCAUUUUUGGGGUAUUAAAUCUUUCAUCUUGUCUUGUUGAUUUGA